AUGAAGUCCGUUGCUUUAUGGGGUGAUAAACCUUCUGACGAAGAUGUAGAAGAACAAUCGGUCAAUGCACUCUGUUUUAAUCCUGAUGGAUCUCAAUUAUUAGCAGCUGUUGGAGCAAAAAUACUUGUUUAUGAUACUAAUGAUGGAGCAUUAAGAAGUGCACUUAGUGGACAUGGUGAUGUCGUAAAUACAAUAUCUUAUGCAACGGAUGGAAGUCGUUUUGCAUCAGGUGGUGCUGAUAAAUUAGUUGUUAUAUGGACAAAUGAAUUACAAGGAAUGUUAAAAUAUGCACAUGAUUCUUCUGUUCAAUGUGUUACUUAUCAUCCAACUUCACAUUUACUUGCAAGUUGUUCAAAUGCUGAUUUUGGUCUAUGGUCACCUGAACAAAAAAAUGUAACAAAAACAAAAUUAACUGGUCGAAUAACUUGUUGUGCAUGGAGUGCAGAUGGACAAUUACUUGCAUUUGGAUUAUAUAAUGGACAAGUACAUAUUCGAGAUAAGGAUGGAAAUGAAAAAUAUAAAUUUGAUCGAUCUGAUGCAGCUAAUUCACCUGUAUGGAAUGUAGCAUGGUGUCCAACAAGAGAUGACGAACUUCUUCUAGCAGCUGUUGAUUGGGGUCAAAAAUUAACAUUAUAUCAAGCAACAGGUGCUAAACAGACUGGAAAAGAACGUAAACUUGGUUUUGAUCCAUGUGCAUUAAGUUGGCUUGUUAAAGAUGCAUAUAAACAAGAAUCUCGUGCUGAAUAUAUACUUAUUGGUGGUGCUAAUAAAGAAUGUACAAUAUAUAGUCGUGAAGGUUUUAAAUUAGGUACUGUUUGUACACAAGAUGCAUGGGUUUGGUGUUGUUGUGCAAAACCAGAUGGAUCAGCUGUGGCAGUUGGUACUACAAAUGGAUUUAUUGGAAUGUAUGAUAUUAAAUUUGGUGUUGUACAUGGUAUACAUAAAGAUCGUUAUGCAUAUCGAGAUAAUAUGACAGAUGUAAUAGUUCAUCAUUUAACAACUGAUCAAAAAGUUAAAGUUAAAUGUCGAGAAUUAGUUCGUAAAAUUGCAACAUAUAAAACAACACUCGCUGUAAGUUUACAUAAUAUUUUAUUCUUAACGAAAAGAAAAAAACAAAGAAUUAAUUAGUUUUUAUCAAUCAUCUCAAUUGGUUAUAAUUGACAAACAAUUUAUCACAAUUAAACUAACGAGGGAACAUUCCCAAGUGAUACCGCCGUUUCAGCUCAUAUUGUACCCAAAAGUAGAUCUCUGUAAGACUAAAGAAAGUCUAAAAUGGUUCGUGCCAUUGCGCCCUUGGAGCCGAGUUAUGCCUAAUUUACUG